AUGGAAUACCCGUUGGGUCACGACAAGGGCACGGAAAUAUUACUCAAAGCUUUUCGGGAGCUAAGACAACAUGAAACUGGAGACGACAUAGGGGUUGCAGUGACAGAAGUGGAAGAUGUCCUACCUCUAAAACAUACCCGAAUCAUUGAGGACAGACAUGUUUCUGGAAACUCAGCCCAAUCAUCCUUACCGUUGGGAAAGACAUCUAGAUACGUCGGAAUCUCCACAUCAGAACAAGAAACGAAUACUUCGAUGUACGAUGAUAUGGCCAUAUCACAAUCGCUAAAGGAUUCGACAGUACUGAAGCUUCAUUCCACGGAUGUGACCAAUAUUACACACCGCGCCGACGCUCUUACUUUGACUCGCGGUAAGCCCUCGUCAAGUCUGUCGCAUAGUAAGCUCACUGCGGCCAUCGACCACGAGCCACCAACGUACCAUCUAACAAGUCUACCUCUGGAAGGAACCCUUCCGGUAAUCAGCAGUAUUGAAACUGACGAAGCUAUUGCAAGAGAUGAUACAGUCACCACUAUCCCGAACACGUCCCUGCGUCCACCAUCAUCACGCACCUCAACAAUCUGCUCGGCUGUAUCAGCAAGAUCACAUCAAGAGCCCGGACCUAUCCAAAUUAGUCCAUCUGCUCAACUCCAGAGUAUGCAAUCUAUCAGUAAGCUAGAUGCAAGACUCAAUGAAGUCACUAGAUUAUAUAGGCCUUGGAGCACGUUACGGUACGGUCGUACAAACAACCAGGCUGCUUAUGUACCUACCGGCACACCAGAGUCUAUAACCAAUAUACCAUUGAAAGCUGAUAUCCUUGAAUCUCACUCGAGGUUGAAUAACAGUGUUCUUUCUCCAUACACUGAUGGAGCUCACAAGCACGAAUGGGCGAAAUCGAGUGAAUGGGUUGAGCCCUGUACUAUCAACGACGGACCAAAAGAAUGGAUUGAAGACUUCCUCACGCGCCAAGAGCAAGCAGAUCGCGAUGAGGAAAAUGAGAGGCAGCUCCAAGAGAAACAAGACAAGCAACACGGGAGUAUCCGCUAUCGAGUGAAUAGUGCCGACAAAUUUAGGCGCAGGCUGAGCAAGAAACGUAUAUCUGGAGAGCGAAGAAGUUUCGAGGCCAGGCAUGAAAGGAAGAACAGAAUUGGCCUUAACAUUGAUUUGGGGCCAACUCCUUUCAGGCAGACAUCGGACUCAACACCUGGAGAGGAUUUUGAUGGGUCAACGAGAGCGAGAGCUUUCUCAUGGACUCCCGAUACGCACCAAUCUCCCAUAUCUCUGACUGCUCUACCAGACCGAUCAUCUUGGACGCCCACAUCACCAUCCCCACUGCACCGUACACAUGCUGCAGACAGGCCGCAUAUGUCAUUGCCGUCACACCAUCCUUCUAGGCGGAAGUUUUCCAACAGUUCUUUCGCGCCGAGCCACCAUCGUUCGACUUCCGCUCUAAAGCGAGUGGCGACGAGACAACAAUCCACCGCUCAGUUGAGAACCAGCAGCUGGGAGAAUUUGAAAGUCAAGAAGAUCACUUCGAUAGGUUCAGAAUUGAAGAGAACCCUCUCUACGGGGUUUGUACCUGCGAUUACAGAAGGAAAAGAUAGUAUGAAGGGCUUAGUGGGAAGAGUAGAAAAAGUUGGUGAGAGUGUGACUAGAAAGCUUAGCCCAAGCUGCAAGGACAAAUGGAAGGGCUUGGGCAAGAAGAAGAAAAGCAUGAACGUUGGAGGGAUGCAUAUCAUAGGAAAAGAGCGCUGA